CGCCCGGGCGGAUGGACGAGCCGGCCACCGGCGCCCUGGUCGUGCGCAUCGGCAUCCCGGACCUCCAGCAGACGAAGUGUUUGCGGCUGAACCCUGAUGUCCCCAUCUGGGUCUCCAAGCAACGGAUCCUCUGUACCUUGAACCACAGCCUGAAGGACGUGUUGAACUAUGGCCUCUUCCAGCCAGCCUUCAACGGCAGGGCUGGCAAGUUCCUGGACGAGGAACGGCUGCUGAGGGAAUACCCCCUGAACCCGGACACGCCAGUCCCUUAUCUGGAGUUCCGGUACAAGAGGCGAGUGUACACCCACAGCCUGCUGGAUGACAAGCAGUUUGCCAAGUUACACACCAAGGCAAAUUUGAAGAAGUUUAUGGAGUAUGUGCAGACGCUGAAUGCAGAGAAGGUCAGCCGGCUGCUGGAGAAGGGACUGGACCCCAACUUCCACGAUCCGGACUCUGGAGAAUGCCCCCUGACGCUGGCUGUGCAGCUGGAGUACAGCGUCGAUGUUAUCAAGGCCCUGCGGAAUGGGGGGGCCCACCUGGACUUCCGGACGCGGGAGGGGAUGACGGCGCUCCACAAGGCAGUCCGGUGCCGGAACCACACCGCCCUGAUGACGCUGCUAGACCUGGGGGCCUCCACAGAUUACAAAGACAGCCGCGGAUUAACGCCUCUGUACCACAGUGCCAUGGUGGGAGGAGACCCCUACUGCUGCGAGCUGCUGCUGCACGACUACGCCAAGGUGGGCUGCAUGGAUGAGAAUGGCUGGCAGGAGAUCCACCAGGCCUGCCGCUACGGACACGUGCAGCACCUGGAACAUCUCCUCUUCUACGGAGCCGACAUGAGGUCGCAGAAUGCCUCGGGGAACACUGCCCUCCACGUCUGCGCUCUCUACAACCAGGAGAGCUGCGCUCGGGUGCUUCUGUUCCGUGGGGCCAGCAAGGAUAUCCGGAACUACAACAGCCAGACGGCAUUCCAGGUGGCCAUCAUUGCCGGGAAUUUUGAACUGGCCGAAAUCAUCAAAACUCACAAAGAGUCCGAUGUUGUGCCUUUUAGAGAAACUCCCAGCUACACGAAGAGGAGGCGUCUCAUCGGGGUGUGCGGCCUCUCCUCCCCCCGCCUGCUGCAGCGGUCCGCCAGCGACAACAACUUGAAGGCCGAGAGCCGCCCGUCCUACUCGCCGGUGCCCUCGCUCCGCAGCCUGCCCCAGCAGCUGCUGGCCCAGAUGCAGGAAGUGGCUGUCGGGGCAGGGGUGGGGGACAGUAGCCUGGUGAGCACGAGCGGCUCCCGGGGCCCCCACAGCCGCUCCCCGUCGCUGCAGCGCGUGCGGGAAGAGAAGGAGGCCGACGCCCACACCCUCCGGAGGAGCAGCCGCGGCAAGGCCAGCUGCCCCCUGCGGGGCUCGGAGAAGCGCCGGCGGCGGCUGGGCUCCGUCGUCUUGGCCGGCGUCGUGGCCUCGUGGCUGGGUAGUCCAGGUGGCACCACCUGGGUCGGUUUGGGGCGCAUGCUGGGCUGGGUGGGCUCCAGGCCCUCUGCGAAAAUGGACAACUCUCUGCUCUCUCUGGGACUCUGCAUCUCUACCAGUGGCGCCUGGGUCUCCAUUGGCAUGGCAACCUCGUGCGGUCUAACGGUGAUCCUCGGCUGGCAGGGCCCGCUGGAUGGUACAGCCCAGUGCGAUCCUUAUUCCACCUCUCUCCUGAACAGGGGUGUCAUUCAGCUGCAGGUAUUCUCAUUCACCCGCUUUGUCCCUAAAUGCCCGCGCGGGCCCGGGGGGGCGGCGUCGGGGGGCGCCGGGCCGGGGGGCGCGGAGGGGUCCCCUCCGGGCGCGCCGGCCCCGCCGCGGGGCCCGAAGAGGAAGCUGUACAGCGCCGUGCCCGGGCGCCGCUUCAUCGCCGUCAAGAGCCACGCGCCCCACGGCGACGGCGAGAUCCAGCUCAACCGCGGCGAGGCCGUCAAGGUGCUCAGUAUCGGAGAAGGAGGCUUCUGGGAAGGGACCGUGAAAGGGCGGACUGGCUGGUUCCCUGCAGAAUGUGUCGAAGAAGUGCAGAUGCGGCAGUAUGACCCACGGCAAGAGACCCGAGAAGACCGGACGAAGCGCCUCUUCCGACACUACACUGUAGGCUCCUAUGACAACUUCACAUCCCACAGUGACUACAUCAUCGAGGAGAAGGCGGCCGUCCUGCAGAAGAGGGAGCAUGAGGGCUUCGGCUUCGUCCUGCGAGGGGCCAAAGCGGAGACUCCGAUCGAGGAGUUCACCCCAACCCCUGCUUUCCCGGCGCUCCAGUACCUGGAAUCCGUGGAUGUGGAGGGUGUGGCCUGGCGAGCAGGACUUCGCACGGGAGACUUCCUGAUUGAGGUGAACGGCCUCAAUGUGGUGAAGGUGGGCCACAAGCAGGUGGUGUCGCUCAUCCGCCAAGGGGGGAACCACCUGGUGAUGAAAGUGGUCUCCGUCAGCCGCAAGCCAGAGUCGGAGGACAUUGUGCGGAAGAAAGCCCCGGCACCGCCCAAGAGGACCCCCAGCACCACACUGACGCUGCGCUCCAAGUCCAUGACUGCGGAGCUGGAAGAGCUGGCCUCGAUGCGGAGGAGGAAAGGGGAGAAGCUGGAUGAGAUUUUGGCAGCUGCUGAACCCUCGCUGAGAGCGGACAUCGUGGAAGCGGAUUCAAGGGCAGCCACCGUGAAGCAGCGGCCAACCAGCCGGCGCAUCACCCCUGCGGAGAUCAGUUCACUGUUUGAGCGGCAAGGGAUGGCAGGACACGCCGGGCCAGAGAAACCCCACAUUUCACUACGCAAAGGAAUUCCACGGACAAAAUCUGUAGGUGAAGAUGAGAAAUUUGCUGCCUCCAUAAUGGAUGGGAAAUUUCCCAGAAGCACCUCAAUGCAAGAUACUGUCAGAGAAGGGCCUGGCAUCCCACCCCCACCUCAGACCGCUCCGCCCCCUCCGCCUUCCCCCUAUUAUUUUGACACGGGCGCACCCCCCUCCUUCUCUCCCCCUCCACCCCCGGGAAGAGUCUACGACACAAUCCGCUCCAGCUUUAAGCCUGGCUUGGAGGCCAAACUCCACGGGCUGCCCCAGGUCAUCAGCGCGGCCGAGAUGUAUGACCAAGCGAGGACUUCCAUCCCCUACCCCGAAAGGCAAAAACGGGCCCGUUCCAUGAUCAUCCUCCAGGACUCCUCCCACAUCCCCGUGGAACCCUCCGACAUCCCCCGGCCCGGCCCCUCCGCCACGCCCCCCGAGAAGCUGAAGCGGAAGGGCCGGGUGGUCGACAACCCCUACGCCAACAUGGGCCAGUUCAACGUCAGCCUCUUCGCCCCCACCAAGCCCCAGAGGAAGAAGAGCCCUUUGGUGAAGCAGCUGCAGGUGGAGGACGCCCAGGAGCGGGCGGCGCUGUCCAUCGCGGGGGGCUUCGCACGGGAGCCCUCCCCCACCCGGCGCACCCACCGCCUGAGCGGCAUGGAGUACCAGUCGCAGGUGGACCCCGCCAGCCUCCCCUUCACCACCGCCAUCGCUGGAGUCAUGAAGGAGAGGGAGCGGCGCCUGGACGAGAAGCGGAAAUCCACUGUCUUCCUCUCCGUCGGGGCCAUCGAAGGGAGCCCCCCCACGAUAGAAAUGCCAUCUCUGCAGCAGUCGCGGUCCAUCGACGAGCGAUUGCUGGGGAGCCGGGAUGUGCUCCUGCCGUCGCCCGUCUCAGCUUUAAAGCCAUUGAUCAGCAGCUCCUCCUCGACGUUCAUCCACCCCCUCACCGGGAAACCCCUGGACCCCAACUCUCCACUGGCACUUGCGCUGGCCGCAAGGGAGCGGGCGCUUUCCACCCAGGUCCCCUCCAGGGUGCCCACCCCGAUCCACAGCCCGGACUCCGAUCGCGCCGCGCCCCUGUUUGUGGACAUCCAAACCAAAGAACAAGAGAGGGGGGAGCUGGAGGGCCUAAUUUCACCUGCGUAUUCACCCGGAGCCAAGGCGCCCACACCGGGCACCCUGACUCCCACACAAAGCCACUGGGGGAUACCAACAACUGUGAGGAAAGAGGGUGAGGCGCACGCAGAGACGCCUGUGAGGGAGGAGAAGAGAGCAGAGGACAAGAAAUCGAUGAUCAUCAGCAUAGUGGACACGUCCCAGCAGAAGACCGCAGGCCUCAUCAUGGUGCACGCAACCAGCAACGGCCAAGACCUGGGGCUGGAGAUGGAGGAGGAGGAGAAGCCACCCGUCCCCGAGGCAGGUCCACCGCCUGCUGCGGGGCCCGCCAUCGAGGCCCAGCCCAGCCCUGUGACGAAGGCUCCGGUCAGCCCCGUCUCGGACAAGGCUCUCGGACAAGGGAGUUCGGAAGAGGAAGUGGAGCCGUACACGGUCACACUGCCACCCGCUCAGCUGUCCUCGAGCGACGAGGAGACCAGGGAGGAGCUGGCCAAGAUUGGCCUGGUGCCUCCCCCGGAUGAGUUUGCGAACGGGGUCCUGGUCACCACCCCCGGCACACCUAUCAGCCAGCUGGCUGCUCCAGCAGUUGCCAUGCCAUCCAUGCCAGCGGCAGCAGUAGCACCUUCUACCACUGGUGGAACACCCUCAGGGAAGCCCUCUGAUGCCCCCACGGCCCCAGAGUCUGCCACGGACUCAGGAGUGGAAGAGGUGGACACCAGAAGUUCAAGUGACCAUCACCUGGAGACCACAAGCACCAUCUCCACCGUCUCCAGCAUGUCCACAUUGUCCUCAGAGAGCGGGGAGCCCAUGGACACGUACACUUCCUUUGCGGAUGGACAAACUUUUAUACUCGAGAAGCCGCCAGUGCCUCCAAAGCCGAAACUCAAGUCCCAGCUCAGCAAGGGGCCGGUUACUUUCAGGGACCCACUUUUGAAGCAGUCUUCGGACAGUGAGCUCAUCUCCCAGCAACACGCGGCCAUCCUGGCUUCUGCCAGCAUCGGCCGGCCACGCUACCUCUUUCAGCGAAGGUCCAAGCUGUGGGGGGACCCCCUGGACAGCAGGCCAAUCCACGGGGCUGAGGAAGACAAACCAACUGUGAUUAGCGAGCUGAGCUCUCGGCUGCAGCAGCUGAACAAGGACACACGCUCCUUGGGGGAGGAGCCCGCCGGGGGCGUGAUAGACCCUGGAAAGAAGUCCCCGGUGGGGGCAGCACGACUUUUCAGUAGUUUAGGAGAACUGAGCACCAUUUCCCAGCGGAGCUCCGGCACCACCUACACCGUGCGCCCCGGCAGCCGCUACCCUGUGACCCGCCGCACCCCCAGCCCGGUGAAGCCGACCCUGGACCGGACCGACCCCCUCAGCACCGUGCGGCCCUACGGGCUCACCCCGCCCACCAUCCUCAAAUCUUCCAGCCUCUCCAUCCCGCAUGAGCCCAAGGAGGUGCGCUUUGUGGUGAGGAGCGUCAGCGCCCGGAGCCGCUCCCCGUCGCCCUCGCCCUCCCCGGGGGGCCCCCUGCACACCCUCCACCCGCCUCGUCCCUUCAUGCAGAAGCCCCUCCACCUGUGGAACAAAUACGAUGUGGGGGACUGGCUAGAGAGCAUUAACCUGGUCGAGCACCGGGACAAGUUUGAGGACAACGAGAUCGAGGGCACCCACCUGCCCGCCCUGACCAAGGAGGACUUUGUGGAGCUGGGGGUGACGCGGGUGGGGCACCGCAUGAACAUUGAGCGGGCACUCAAGCAGCUGGUCGACAGCUGACCGUCCUGGGCGUCCCGGGCCUCUCCCGGGGCCGGCUCGCUAGCAGG